AUGCUUUCUAGAACCACAACUUGUCAACAACCAUUAAAAAGAUCAAUAGUUGCUUGCCAAAAACAUCAAUUCAGUCAAUCUUAUAUCUUGACCCAACCUCAAUACCAUAGCAACAACCAACAACAACAUCAAGCACAAGAGGAAAGUAGUCGAUACAGUUACCUUCGCUAUUUUCAACUGAAGAAACUGGUCGGUGGUGCCGGUGCUGGUGCUACAUACACUAAUCAAGCUGGUGUUAGUAACGCAUCAAGUUGUGGAGCGACAUCAUCUAGCUUGAACUCAAGUAGGAUUGAUGCUAAGCAAAUAGAUCAAGAUGAAGAAUCGUGGCGGUAUGUUGAUUUGGUUCAUCCUCACGUUGCUGAAUUUGCUGACUUGUUUUGA